AUGGAAAAGCAAUCAAUAACGCUUCAAGAAGAAGAAGAAGAAGACGAGGCGUUUGAACGAGUGAACAAGCGAUUAAAACACGGUCCAGUUAUUCCGUUCAUAUCAAUUGUUAAGAAAACAGAAGAUAACGAGGACGACAAUGUCCUUCUUGCUUUGAUUGUAGCUUCCAUGCGUGUUGGAGGCAGUUCUAUCAGUCGUGGCUUAAAGCGAGUCGAUGUGUUUACACCGUGGCCGCAUCAAUUGACAGCAGUGGAAAACGUUCUUCGAGCUAUUCAGACAAGAACAUUAGAGAAUAAGGAGCAAGGAUUGAUUAAUACUGAGAGAUAUUUAUUACAACACAGUACAGGUGCAGGUAAAACACUGACUAUUGCAGCACUAACGCACCAAUUGCUGCUUAUCAAGGACGUGCGGUCGAUCCAGUUCCAUACAGUUGUGGUCAUGCUGGAUCGAGUCCAGCUGAAUGAACAAGUGGGAGAUGUAGUCAAGAGCUACUUGCAUCGAAAUGGUGUAGACGAAGUGUUUCGAGCUGAGAGCAUGGAGCACUUGGCCAAGUUGCUGGAUGUGACGGCGCAAACAAAGCAGCAGAGUCUGCAAAAAGUGAUUAUCACGACAACACAUAAGAUGGGGUUGUUGGUGAAAGAUGAAGUCUUGCUGACGAGAUUGCUGCACCGUAGUUCAAGAAAGACAGACAGCAGUGAAGGAGAGAACAAUAACGAAGACGGUAAGUUUCAGCGGGUAGCUAUCAUCUCGGAUGAAGCACACCGAUCACACAAGUCGUCUACACGUAACGUCAUCGAAAAAGUAGUAAAAGCAGGAGAAGGCAGGCACGCUCAGCUUACGUUUAUUGGUUUUACAGCAACGCCAAACGCCAACGCACUCGAGCUGUUUGGUUCCUCGACAAACGACGGAUUUCGUCGUCCCUUUCAUUGCUACCCAAUCGCACAAGCUACAGCAGACGGCCGUGUCGUGGAUACACUAAAGAAUUACACGUGUGUACGCUGCAAGAUUGAAACCUCCGUGUUUCCGAUGCCUGUACAAGAAUUGUUACGGUUGCAUCGUGGCGCUCGACGCCAUAUCCUGAACUACGCAAAUGAUGAUGUUGCCGUUUUAAAGGCUAAAACGUUGAUUAUGAUGACGAAUUUUCAAGCUGUGAAACGAAAACAUUCGAAAGUGAAGUGCAUGAUUGUGGCGCGAAGUCGUCAAGACGUUGUGCGAUAUUACACGCUGAUCACUACAUUCAUCACAAAGAAGAAGCUUGGAUGGAAAUGUUAUGCUGCUUUCAGUGGCGUCGUGGCCUUAGACGGUGAAGACGGAGCUUCACACUCUGUGACAGAGCCAACUUUAAACAACCGGAGCGUCACACUAACUAUUAGUGAUGUCGUUAUCGUUUGUGAUAAACUAGACACGGGCUACAAUGAGCCCUUACUCGCGUGCAUGUACAUUGAUCGCUACUUGCGCUCCAGUACGCAUACUGUUCAGCUCUUGAGUCGUCUCAAUCGUCGUCACAAGAACAAGGUCAGUGUCCACAUCCUGGACUUUGCAAACCAUGCAGCACAGGUGCGACGGAGUUUCGCAGACUUCUGGCGAGAAGCGAGAGCUCCGGUGUCGACUGACAAACUUUAUUUACUUGCUGAGCGGCAGGAUCUAGCAACGUCUAUCGUAGUUCUGUGCGACCACUUCCCAGAGCUUUUCUCUGCACCUACUGACAUCGAGGAUCCGAGCACUUUUGUCUCUGAACGUAUAGUGCCGAUGGAGCGCGACGCUUUUCAGCAAGUGAUCGAUGCGCUUCGCGGGGCUGUUUCAUCUUUCAAAAGGCUAGAGCAAGCAGGAUACUCGGACAUUUUUGAUUUGAUAUCUCCAUUCAGCUACUAUCUACUUUACGAGCUCAAGAAAGAGACAGAAAGCUAUCUUGUCACCGUUGAGAAAGACGUCGAGUUGUCUCUUGAUAAUGUCAAAACUAAGAUGUCGGCUCGACUUGAGACGUACAGCUGGUCCUUUUCAGGUGCUCUUUACCCACAAUCGUUGUUGGACCGCUUGAAGUGUGGAAGCAACGUAUCGAAGCUGAUAUCAUGCUUACUACAAUUCGGGGAGCUGGAACGGUUUGAAGCCCUUCUUCUGAUGGAUUCAGCUCGAAACAAACAGCAAAUCGUUGACUCCUCAAUCAUAACUCAAAUGACAAAGGUAUCUAGCGAAGCAUCAGACCUGGAUGGAUCAAGGAAACAUUCAGCGGAAGAUCAACCUGGCAUUUUGGUGCACAUAAGUGCAUUGCAAAAGGGGCUUGCGGAAACUUGCAGUGAGUGA